AGAGGCGGAGGAUCGCCGUCGUUACAGUUUGAAGGCUUGUGUUCAGAAAAUAUGUGCCUAAAUACAGAUUAAAUAUAUGUCUGAGACGUCGGAGACACUCGGAUAUACGUGAAAAACGACGUUUCUUCGUUAUCGAGCUUGCCGGUCAUUGAGCGAUGGCGCUGACGCCCAGCUGCGACUGCCCCCACCUGGACUGCGUGGGCGAGAUCACCAAGGAGGAGCUCAUUCAGAAGUCCCAUGGCCAGUGCCAAGACUGUAAAGUCAGGGGACCAAACCUGUGGGCGUGCUUGGAGUAUGGCUGUGCAUACGUGGGCUGUGGAGAAUCUCAUGCUGACCACAGCACUGUUCACUCUCAGGAGACGAGGCACAACCUCACAGUGAAUCUGACUACACUCCGCGUGUGGUGUUAUGCUUGUGGCAAAGAAGUUUUCCUGGAGCGUAAACUCAGUCCUCACUCCCCCCACGUCACCAUCAAACCUCUUCCUUUACCACAGAACGCCAGUCAGGAUACCAGAGGGGCCCCUGGGAGCCCAACUUCUCUGAGAGUGCCCUCUAAUGGAGGCUGCGAAGACUUGGACAUGGAGACAGAAGAGGAGGAUGACCUUCGAGCCAGGGGCCUGACGGGGCUCAAGAAUAUAGGCAACACCUGCUACAUGAACUCUGCCCUCCAGGCCCUUUCUAACUGUCCGCCUUUGACGCAGUUUUUCCUUGAAUGUGGCGGCCUGAUACGAACAGACAAGAAGCCUGCUCUCUGCAAAAGUUACCAGAAGCUGGUGACAGAGCUGUGGCACAAGAACAGACCCUCCUAUGUGGUUCCAACCAACUUGUUCCAGGGAAUCAAAUCCGUAAACCCCAUGUUUAGAGGGUAUUCUCAGCAGGACUCACAGGAGUUCUUGCGCUGCUUAAUGGAUCAGCUUCAUGAGGAGCUGAAAGAGUCGAUGCCGGAGCCUUACGACCAGUCCAGCUGCAUCAACAUGGAUGACAGCCCUGAGGAGGACAGCCACAGCCAGUCGGACAACGAUUUCCAGUCCUGUGAGUCCUGCGGUAGCAGCGAGAGGGCCGAUAACGACGUGCAGGCUGGGACUGUGCUGAUGGACAACACCAACGAGGCAGAGAUGCUGAUUCCUGAGCAGGAUGAGGUCCAGGCCAACAGGGAGUGGCAGAAGGAGAAGAACAUGAUAAAUGAUCUUUAUCGCUCCGGGGUUAACGGUGUUAGCACCGGGGCAGACAUCGACAAAGAUGUUGACACCACCACCGAGACUACGCCCAUUAUCAGCAGCCAAGGAGCCAUCAAAGUUCAAGGAAAAACAUCAGAUUGUUUUUCAGAGAUUCAAAUGUCAAACCUCACAAGACCGCAAAGUCCCGUCCCCAUGGAGGUACACAUUCCCAAGAUGUCCAGCAGCCCUCCUAAAGCUUCCAGCUGGCCAAGCCUGAAUCCAGCACACAAGAAAGCAGUUACCUCGUUCUCCCCUCCAAAGAACAAGCGUCAGAAGAAAUAUCACAGCAUCAUUUCAGAUGUCUUUGACGGGACCAUUGUCAGCUCAGUUCAGUGCCUCACCUGCGAUCGGGUGUCUGUGACCCUGGAGAACUUCCAGGAUAUCUCGCUGCCCAUUCCGGGAAAGGAAGACCUGGCCAAACUCCACUCGUCCACCCACCAGACCUCUCUGGUAAAAGCUGGUUCCUGUGGAGAAGCUUAUGCGCCUCAAGGGUGGAUAGCAUUUGUCAUGGAGUACAUCAAAAGCUGGUUCUGGGGCCCGGUGGUCACACUACAAGACUGCCUCGCAGCUUUUUUUGCCAGAGAUGAACUAAAGGGAGAUAACAUGUAUAGCUGUGAAAAGUGCAAAAAGUUACGAAAUGGAGUCAAAUUUUGUAAAAUGCAAAAUUUGCCAGAGAUUUUAUGUAUUCACCUAAAGCGCUUCAGACACGAGCUGAUGUUCUCCACCAAGAUAAGCACCCACGUCUCGUUCCCGCUCGAGGGUCUGGACCUGCAGCCUUUUCUGGCCAAGGACAGCUCCGCCCAGACCACCAACUAUGACCUGCUGUCCGUCAUCUGUCACCACGGCACUGCCAGCAGUGGCCACUACAUCGCGUACUGCAGGAACGACGUGAACAAGCUGUGGUUCGAGUUCGACGACCAAAGUGUGACCGAGGUGUCCGAGUCCUGUGUCCAGAACGCUGAAGCCUAUGUGCUUUUUUAUAAGAAGAGCAACGAGGACGCAGUGAAAGAACGUAGGAGAGUGUCGGGGUUACUCAACAUGAUGGAGCCCAGCCUUCUGCAGUUCUACAUCUCUCGCCAGUGGCUUAACAAGUUCAAGACGUUUGCAGAGCCGGGGCCCAUUUCCAAUGACGACUUCCUGUGUGUGCAUGGAGGUGUGCCACCAAACAAAGCAGCAUAUGUGGAUGACCUGGUGGUAAUGCUGCCACAGAACGUGUGGGACCACCUGUACAGCAGGUACGGAGGGGGACCAGCUGUCAACCACUUGUACGUUUGCCACACGUGCCAAACUGAAAUAGAAAAGCUGGAAAAACGACGCAAGUCAGAGCUGGACAUGUUUGUCAGGCUGAACAAGGCGUUCCAGGAGGAGGAGUCUCCGGUGGUCAUAUACUGCAUCAGCAUGCAGUGGUUUCGUGAGUGGGAGGGCUUUGUCAAAGGAAAAGACAAUGAUCCACCAGGACCUAUUGAUAAUUCCAAGAUAACAGUAAACAAGAAUGGCCAUUUUGUGCUCAAGCAAGGCGCAGACUCGGGGCAGAUCUCUGAAGAGACGUGGAACUUCCUCUACUCGAUCUACGGUGGCGGGCCGCUGGUCACGGUCCGACCAAACGUCAGCCACCAGGAAGCGGAACCAUCGCAGUCGGAGGAGAAAAUCGAGAUGGAAACGCGCUCGGUUUAAUGAAGCACUUGACAGUAAACAAACAAAAAAAUCCCUAAGGAGUUUUUUUUAAAAAACAAAAAGCCUUUUAUUUUGCACUUGAUUUUUAUUUUUAUUCAAAAAGCAUUGAAUCAGUGGACCUCACCUUUACUGCUCUGCGACGGCCUUUGACGGAGCGAUCUUACCGCGUCUGAAAAGAUUCUUCAUGUUGUACAAAUCUGUAUAAACGGCUCUUAAAUUUCUGUUAGCACUGUAGGAUUCACGUGUCAGGUUUGUGUUACAGAAACAUGCAUUUAAAUUUUGUGCAGCUAAAAUAAUUUCUUCUGAAUGCCAUAUUUCCUUUCUCGACCAAAUGAGCACAUUGUAUGUCCACACGUUGCUUAUGUAUAUAAAAACAAAACGCCUUGCUGUAGAUGUAUCCGUUUCUUUUUCCUGUUGUGAGAGAAUGUUGUCCACCAAAUGGGAAGGAGAGCAAAAUGUGACACUUGAUAUAUUAAAAAAAAAAAGGUUAUGAAGGGACUGUAAUUGCUAAGUGGUCUCAGGAAUGACUUGUGUUUUUGCACUGUUCACGCACCGAGCUAAUUAGUUUGUAUUUGAAUGUAUCAGUACCGGUAGUUCAGGUCAGGAUUCAGCACUUGAUUAUUUAUCACAAAAAGAGUAAUUUAAUAUGAUGUCAAUACAUUUUCUUUUUUUGUAAAGCAGUGGCAGGCAGACUAAUAAACGCAUGCUUAACACUCGAGCACAGAUUAACACAUGUAACUGCAUGUAAAGGCAAAGUUCUUCAUGAACGUAAUCCAGAUGUUUUCACUCAAAUAAAACCUAUAAUGAGCACCAUCAGCAGUCUAAUCAAUGAAGGGCAUUAUUUCCGUGUAUGGGCAUGUUGUUGGUGGGCAUCUGAAUGCUAUAUACCGAGUUUUUUAGCCUUUAGGUGAGAUGCAAGUUUAUUUUUCGCAGGCUGACCCCAUAAGACUUGACAUGCUGGAUGCUGUGCCUCUUUGAUUUUGUGAAUAAA